GAAGUGAUCGAGAUCCUCCUUGACAACGGCACCCUGAUAGAUGAUGAUGGAACUUCCCUCAAAGCACCACCAAUUUUCGCUGCCAUGGAGUCAGGUAGCUGGGAAACCUUUCAGCUACUCGUCUCAAGAGGCGCCGAUCUUUCUAAAACUACUUGCACAAGCGAAAACUUGCCUAGUCCCUCAACAGCUUAG